AAUAACAGCCAGGUCUGUCUGUCCCACACCCAGUAACACCGUGUCUGUCUGUCCCACACCCAGUAACACCGUGUCUGUCUGUCCCACACCCAAUAACACCCAGCUCUGUCUGUCCUACACCCCAAUAACACCCAGCUCUGUCUGUCCCACCCCCAAUAACACCGUGUCUGUCUGUCCCACACCCAGUAACCCGUGUCCGUCUGUCCGUCCCCCGCAGGGCGCGGGCAUGGCCGGCCCGCGGCCGCCCCGUUUCCUGCUGGUGUUCGACUUUGACGAGACCAUCGUGGACGAGAACAGCGACGACUCGGUGGCGCGGGGCCGGGCGCUGCCGGAGCCGCUGCGCCAGAGCCCGCGCGGCGGCUCCUACAACGAGCACAUGCAGCGCGUGCUGGCCUUCCUGGGCGAGCAGGGCGUGCGCCCCGCCGAGCUCAGGGCCGUCUACGAGAACAUCCCGCUGUCCCCCGGCAUGGCCGAGCUCUUCCAGCUCCUCUCCAAGCAGCAGGAGCUCUUCGAGCUGGUGCUCAUCUCCGACGCCAACACCUUCGGCAUCGAGGCCAAGCUGCGCGCGGCCGGCGUGCGCUCGCUCUUCCGCAAGGUCUUCAGCAACCCGGCCGGCUUCGACCGCCGCGGCGUGCUCACGCUGGGGCCCUACCACAGCCACAAGUGCCCGCGGUGCCCGGCCAACAUGUGCAAGAGGAAGAUCCUGGGGGAGUACCUGGAGGAGCGGGCGCGCGAGGACGUGGAGUUCCAGCGCGUCUUCUACGUGGGGGACGGCGCCAACGACUUCUGCCCCGCCGGGGCUCUGAGGGCGGCCGACGUGGCUUUCCCCAGGAAGGGCUACCCCAUGCACAGGCUGAUCCAGGAGAGCCAGGAGAAGCAGCCCGGGGCGUUCCCGGCCGCCGUGGUGCCCUGGGAGUCGGCGGCGGAGGUGGCGCGGUACCUGCAGGAGCUGCUCCGCAGGAAAUGCUGAGCAUCUCCCGGGAUGUUCUCCUGCCUUUCCCAGCCCGUUCCUGGCCAGGGAAGCACUUUCUGCAGGCCCCUGGUCCUGCCUGGCCACGGAGCCACGGCCACAGCCGGCCCCCGCGCCCUUUGUGACCGGACCGGGAUUUUUGGGGGAGUUGUUGCUUCCUUUCCCUUUUGACCUCGAAAGUGAAUUCCCAAAAAUGCAGCAGCCGGCUCCCCGCGGGCUGGGCACGUCCUUGCUCCUGCCAUCCUCCCCCCGGCCUGCCUGGCCCUGGGCUCCUGAUCCCGCUGGGAAUUCUGGAUAGGAAAUCCCUGCUCCCUGGGCUCCUGAUCCUGCUGGGAAUUCCAGCUGGGAAAUCCCUGCUCCCUGGGCUCCUGAUCCUGCUGGGAAUUCCAGCUGGGAAAUCCCUGCUCCCUGGGCUCCUGAUCCUGCUGGGAAUUCUGGAUAGGAAAUCCCUGCUCCCUGGCCCCCACGCCCCACCCCGAGCCCUGCUCUGGGGCUCUCCCUCCCUGGGGAUUCAUUCCCGGGACAAACCGUGCCGGGAGCACCGGGAGAGCUUUGGGAAGGGGCAGAGCCUCUCCAGCCCCGUCCCGCCGGGCACAGGAGCCGCAGCAGGGCCCGGCCUCGCCCCUGCCAGCCGCGCUCCUCUCACCGUGUCCCCGCGGUGUCCCCGCGGUGUCCCCGCGUCCCCUCCCUGCCCCGAGCCCUUCCCUGGAUCGUGCAGGGUCCCUCCUUCCCCAGGGAGGGUCAAUUCCCCCCGAGCCGGGCACCCGCGAGGUGCCACAAUCCCCCCGGGGGACACUGCUGGCACCAGAGGCCAGCCCCCCCCGCCCCCCGUCCGUGUCCCCCUCCCCACCGCAGUAUUAAUUAAUUAAUUAAUUAAUUACCCCUUCUAAUUGCACUCUGCAGGGGCACCUCCAGCACCUGCUGCUCUCUGGGGUUGGCUCCCCCUGGAUUUAUCCUGGGUUUGUCCCGGUUUAUCCUCAGCCUUCCCGGCCCCCGAGGGCUCCCCAAAGCCCCGCAGGAAACAACCAAAGCAGCCCCGAGUCGUUCCCCCUCCGUGCCACCCCCGCCCCUCGUCCUUCCUCCUCCUCCUCCUCCUCCUCCUGGACUGUGAGGAAAUCAAAGCCAUGGAAUUAAAGCUGCAAACCCGUGUGA